UUAAAAACAUAUUUCCAGGUACGGUAAUCGAGACAACGUUAUAGCAAGCGAUGGUAUUUAAGUGUUGAGUAAUAUUUCUACAAUCAUUUUCUAUUCGAAAAGAAUACAUUGAUGUCAUUGCUGUAUACUUUUAAUUAUCGUUAAUAAAAGAAGAUGAAAUUUCUUAUACCUAGACCGGGAAUAUUGCCAGUGAGCAUUAGAGGGAAUCUGAGGGUUCUGUCAUUGAAUCAAGCGGUCAAUUCACUAUCGAGAAGAAUUGAAGAUGGACUUCGUCAGGCAAAGGUGGACGUGACUACAGUCGAGACAUCAGACGGCGAUGAGAUGGUUUCGGAAGUCCAGCGGUUACAACCAGACCUUAUCCUUUGUCCCUUUAUGAAGACCCGCAUACCGAAAGUGCUGUAUGCAGACCGCAGCCGGCCUUGUCUCGUGGUCCACCCAGGCAUCGCUGCUGACCGCGGAGCUUGUUCUAUAGAUUGGACCAUAUUUCAAGGGCGGCCACGCUGGGGCGUCACGGUCCUGGAGGCGAAUGACGAAAUGGACGGUGGAGCCAUCUGGAGUUGCGACUCCUUUCCAGUCCCUGACGGAAGUACCAAAUCUUCGCUUUACAACGGCGCGGUCGCAGAUGCCGCCGUGAGGUGUACUUUGGAUGCGGUUUCACGUUUUUCACAACAUGUUGAUCCCAUGGACAAAGCGGCGUAUCCUGACUUGUUUGGCCUCUGUACGGAAACUAGGAACAUGAAGCAUAGUGAUCGCAGGGUGGACUGGAAUACACCAGCGGAAGACGUGGUGAGACGAGUGCGUAUGUCUGAUACCUCACCCGGCGCUAUUGGUCUAUUGGAGCAGCAUGGAGACGUGCAGGAGUGGAGACUCUUUGACGCGCAUGCGGAGACAGGGAGGCGCUCAAAGAUUCUUAAAAACGCACUGUCAAGCUCUAGACCUGGAACUCCAAUUGCAACAAAGAACGGAGCAGUUUUGAUUUCAACAGCAGGAAGUUCUGGUGUCUGGAUUGGUCAAAUGAAAAGAUUCACACAGGAUCAGUGCCUAAAACUUCCCAGCUCUCACAUACUUCCAGUGCAGCUGCCUCUUCAUCGCGAGUCAUGUGAUUUUGAGGAGAUUAAGGUUGUACACGAAGGAGAAAUUUGUUACGUGUAUUUCGACUUCUACAACGGGGCCAUGGACACGACCCAGGCCGUCCGCCUGCAGGAGGUGUUGUCAGAAGUGGCCGCCUCGCCUCACACCAAGGUUAUAGCUCUCAUGGGAGGGGAGCGCUUCUUCUCGACUGGUAUCCAUUUGUGCGUUAUGCAGAACAGUGUCGAUAAACAGAAAAAUGCGUGGGCAAAUAUCAAUGCGAUAAAUGACGUCAUCAAGUCUGUGUUUACAAUGAAAGAUAAGACGACGGUUGCGGUGUUGCGUGGCAACGCAGGUGCGGGUGGCGCCAUGUUAGCAACAGCUUGUGACCUCAGUGUUGCACAUCCGGGCGUAUGUGUGACUCCAACGUACAAAUCGAUGAACCUGCACGGGUCAGAAUACUGGACCUACUUUCUGCCAGAAAAGGUUGGACAAGAGACGGCGAAACGUUUGGUAGAGAGCGUUGAUACACUUACGGCCAGACAAGCGCAUGAAAUUGGGCUGAUUGACCACGUGAUUAAUGUGGAUAAGAUUGGUUUCCAUGAUAAAGUUAAAUCCCUACUUCAUGACAUUGCGCACAACACUGCGCAUCACGUGAUCCAGCAUAAAAUGCUUACAAGAACCGAGGACUGGUUUCGUCAGCUUGCUAGACAUCGGGAGUACGAGCUCUCCCACAUGAAGAUGAAUUUCCAGUCAUCUGAAUUCCUGAACGCCAUGCAUGACUUUGUUUUCAAAGUGCCACCAAAAAGGGACUCCUUUGAUAAGAAACAAUUAGGUUAAACAAGAAGUCUCAUUUAUCAGAGAGUUUGAUAAAUGUUAACGACUAGUCUCAAUUUUGUGUCUAGACGCAAGAUUUAAAACUGCAACCUUAUCGACUGUUUUUUAUUGCAAUAUUUAUUCUAGCAAUGCAUUGCUAGUAAAACAAAAUGAAUUUAUUCUCACUCAGGAUACUAACGCGAAGUAUUCAUGUAUUGUGGUGUUUUAUCAUAUCAGUUCGUUAUGUGUUGUAAGAAGUAUUCAUAAAUUGUAAUACAUUUUAUAUAUUUAAUUUAUUAUUAAUUAUUACUUGUAUUGUUGAUAUUUUUAUAAUGUGAGGAGUAUAAGGGGAAAAAAGACUUCACGAAAUGUAAUACAAGAAAUAAGAAUUCUGUGAAAUAACUACGCGCACUCAUUUUAUUGAAUGAAGCUGAAACAAUUUAUGGAUCAAGAGAGUGAUGCUAUUAGAGCAAUGUCAUUAUUUAACUUGAUGAAGUUUCUUUUUCAAUUUGUUUUCGCCUUUUCCACGUUGUGUAAAGAUCAAAAUGGAUAUACUUAAUAAAAAACCCAAUAGAAUACGACUAAUAUUAGGUCAACUUCUUACAAUUCAAAGGCCAUGAUCCUGAUAAAUAUUGCGAUUUAUCUUAAUCGGGAUAUUUUGCUUUAAACAAAUCAUAAAAUUAAAGUUGAACAGCGGACUAGAAUACGUUUGGUAAAACUUGACAAUUUUAGGGACAUAACACCGGAGUGAUCGACUCAUUUUGCUGUUUAUAUAACGCGCUAGCGAUGCCCAUAAACAUGGACAAAGAUGGCUAGGACUGAAUACGAAUGUUUAAAUUCGAUAACGGACAGAGUAAAGGUGGUCAAACGUUGAUGAAAAUUGGGGAUAAAUAAAACGCCGCAGCUGAUUAUGACAGCUAUUUUCUUCUCUAAGACAGCUUCCCCAUGAAUGCAUAAUGAGUGAGUCACACCCGUUAUAGUUUUGCAGGUUUCAAAUAAGAAUUUAUUUCUCUUGUUGAAGUUGUUGUUGUUGUUAAUAUUAUGUUGUUGUUAUUGUAUUUGUUGUUGAAAAGUUUUCACGAUCGAACCAUUAAAUGAAUAUAUUUCAUUGUAAGAAAGGCACAGGAUUUUAAGUUGAGAGGAAAAGAUCUCUAAUGUUUUUCACAUAUAUAACACAGACACAUAUUUCACGUUUUUCUAUGAACUUUGUGAUCGAUGCUUGUUUUGAUGUUACACGAAAUCCGAGUCUUUACAUUCAAUACCAAUGUGCAAUAUUAACUAAAAAUGUACAUUUUUACAUCUGAUUCGCAUUUCUCAUACAUUGCUGCGUUAUAUGAAUUGAAAUAUUACUAUUGUAUUCGUUGCUAUUAUGUUCAUUUCCAUAGAAAUUGCUCUUGGAAUAAAAAAAUAUCUUGUUGAAAA